AUGAGUAAUGAAAGUAGGAAAUCAAUAUCACGAAGUAAUGAAGGUGAGAUGUUUGUUCAAGGACUUCACCCUGAUUUGUUUUUGGCUGUUGAACCUUUUAUGCCAAACACAUUACAAGAAGCUAUUGAUAGGGCUCGGAUGUGCGAAAUGACCUUUGCACGUAGCCUAGCUGUGUGUGGACCGGCCACGAUAUAUAAUACUAUAUCUGACAGUGCUGUAGCUCCUCCAGCAAUAUCUGUGCAGUCUCAAAUGCCAAUAAUAACCUAUCAUAUGAAUUCCCAAUCAGCAACCAAUGCCUCGGGUAUCACUAAUAACUCUAAGGAACAGAUGAUUUCUCUACUACAAGAAGUAGUAAUGGUGGUGAAAAGUAAUAAUAGUGGUAACAACACCCAUUCUCGUCCAAGCAGAGAUAGGAACGGUCAUCCUCCCAAUGCACCUUUAGAAGGUGAGUGUGUGUCAAUGUCAAAAAAUCCCUCAGUAAUCAGAAUUGAAGAAGCUUAUGCAGCAAAGAGACGACAAAAGAAUGGUGAGGAUCAAAGUGAUGUAUCUAAUAUUCAACUGUAUUCUAUAAUGUCAGACCUACAGAAUAAAAAGGCUGACAUUAUUUAUGCACAAUUGUUCCAAGCAGCUUCUGGAGUUCGAAAGAAGGCCUUGAAAAUAUUAUGUCCUAGAAGAAUUGUUAAAACGAAGUUUACCAAAUUUUGUCUGGGUGGAAGUGAAGAGUUCUAUACUACGUUGAUGUAUUGCGAAGCUCGUGUUAAUGGAGAACCAAUAGUUCUAAUUUUGGAUAGCGGUUUAUCUGUGAACAUCUCGAUCAAUCGUCUCUCGAUGAUAUUAAUGAUUGGAAUCCAUGGUGAACAAAAAUGGCCUUUGGGAGAAAUUGAUCGGUUUCCGAUAACCGUGGGUGGCAAAACUAUAACUUCUUGCGCUGUUUUAACAAUAAGGGACAGUGAUAAAAGAGUUAAAGUCCCAACAGAAUAUUGCAAACCCAUGAACAUCGCUGAUCAUAUACAAAAAGGAGUCACGAUUCAAAGCUCAGGAAAAGGAAGGAAUAAAGAAAAGUUGGAUGAAUCUAAUGAUAGUGAGGAUGAAAGCAGUGAAGAGUCUAGCGAAAGUGAAGCAGACUCAGACAAGUAUGAGGAUAAAGCAUUUGUGAAUCAAGAAUAUUUGUUUUCGGGUCUCGUUGGAGAAAGAAAGGAAUUAAGUGAAUAUCUAAAAAUUGGAGAAAUGUCACCAGAAAAUGAACGCAACUUAAGAAAUGGAGAAGGCAUUGCCGCUGCUGAGUCCAAAAUAACAACUGUGAAGAACUUCCCGAAACCAAAGAAGUUGCGAGCACUAAGAGGAUUUCUAGGACUUGCAGGUUUCUAUCGAAGAAGAAAACAGGAGAAGGCAUUUAACGAGCUAAAGGUUAGGUUAACUACAGCACCAAUAUUGGCAUACCCAAGGGAUGAUAAAGAAUUUUUGUUAAAUACUGACAUGUCACAUGUAGCUCUUGGUGCAAUAUUAGCACAAUUCGAUGAUGAAGGACGUGAAUGUGUUGUUGAAUACGCGAGUAGGUCGACUAAACUAGCUGAAAAAAACUAUACGAUCACGGAACUAGAUGCUUUGACUUACCUGAAUAACAUGUCUAAUACCACAGGAAGGAUGGCAUGCUAUAUAAUGAUGUUACAAGGCUAUGACUUUGUAGUAAAGCAUAAACCUGGAAAGCGAAUACCCAAUAUCGAUGCGCUAUCAAGAGCAGUUGUUGACAUGGAAAAGGAAGAUCAAUCUGAUGCAUUAGUUCUUGCACGAACUUUUGCGAUCAUUGAUGAGUUAUUCGAAGUCAGAAUUGAAGCCCGAGAAAACAUUCGCCUGUACCAAAUUCAGGAGAAAUUAGGAAACGGCACAUAUAAACUAAAGAAUAAUAGUGGAAGGGUUUUGGUUCAAGCUGUCCAUGGUAAUCAACUUAAACCAUAUAUUGAAUGA